AUUGGUCUCCCCCACCUGUGCGAGCCUGCAGCCGCCCGCCAAAUUCCCACCGUGUCCCUGCAUGUCUUGCUGUGCUGCGCUCGAAGCCUUCUUCCCUCUUCUCAGACCCGGACUCUCCCUUAAUACUUGCGCCAGCCUUGCUCGUGCAACACCACUAUAGCGCCGCCCAGCUCGAACGUACCUCGAGUAUAAUACGCGAAAGCGCAACACCCACGCUCCCUAAUACCGACGUUGCGCAUUCUCAAGAGCCUCGGCGGCUACCAGCAAUCUGUAGAGAAGACGCUAUCCAUCUGGUCGCACUCAAGCGGACCGGAACGCUACUCCACCUCAACCGUGGAGUGAUAGAAGCGGCAACGAUUUGAGGCUUGACGACACCAUACUGCCGGGUAACUAGUGGAAAGAAACCUUCGUCAUGUCUCUAAAGCAGGAAAUCGAGACCUGGGUGGCAGCCCUCGCCAGCUACGACAACAACGAAUUCGACGAAUCAUUGAAAGUUUUCGACUCCAUUUCCGACACAUCCAAGAUCCUGUUCAACUGUGGUGUGAUCCAUGCUACGCUCGGUGAACAUGAGAAGGCGGUCGAUUGUUACCAGCGCGCUGUGCGUCUGGACCAGUAUCUUGCUGUCGCAUACUUCCAGCAGGGUGUCUCGAACUUCUUGAUGGGCGACUUCGAGGAAGCACUGGCCAACUUCAACGACACCCUCCUCUACCUGCGCGGCAACAACAACAUCGACUACGAGCAACUAGGCCUUAAGUUUAAACUUUAUUCGUGCGAGGUCCUCUUCAAUCGUGGUCUUUGCUACAUCUACCUGCAGCAAAGAGACGCCGGCCUUCAGGAUUUAUCGUUUGCAGCCAAGGAGAAGGUUGUGCCAGAUCAUGACGUUAUCGACGAGGCUAUUCGGGAGGAGGCUGAGGGCUACACCGUGUUCUCCAUUCCCGUCGGUAUCGUUUACCGUCCUAAUGAGGCCAAGGUCAAGAACUUGAAGACAAAGGAUUACCUUGGAAAGGCCCGUUUGGUAGCCGCAUCAGACCGGAACAAUGCAUUCACUGGAUUCGCCGGAGCCGAGAUUAAGAAGAUGGGCAACACGGCUACGGAUGACAGACCCGAAGAGAAGCUCUCGUUCGCCGCAACCAACCUCGUCAAGCCAGAGCUCCAGAGCAGAGCGCGCCAACAGUCUGAGCCUCCAAUGAAUCGCAACAUGUUCCCACCUACACCUCCACCGGAGGGCGAUGGUCGGGGAUCUAAGGGCAGCAGCAAUGAGCCUAUGAGUCGAGCACAGUCUGUACGUGGUGGUGGCCCCAAACCACAACCAUUGAACCUUGGAAGAGCUGCAUUUGAUCAGAACCAGCGGGCCGAAGAGCCGCGUCGUCAACCAACACAGCGCUCGGCAUCUGAGCGCCCGCCGCCGAACCGAUCUGAGUCCAUGCGCAACAAGCCACGCGACAAGCCUCGUCGCCGCGGUUCAGAAGAAGACAUCAUCGACGACUACAGUGAUGAUAUCUAUGACUCGUAUCAGUCUCGCUCGAGCCGAAGCCAGUACGGUCGAGGCUCGAAGCAGGGCGGGAACCCCAGACGGCCCGCUUACAUCGAAGAAGAGGACGAGGACGACUACGAUGGAAGUGAUCUGGAUGACGCCGAAUUCGAGAUGAUGUCUCGUAAUAGCAAGUCACGAAGACGGUCACCCGCACGCUCCACUCGUUCGGGCGGUAGCGGCGGUGCUCGUGGUGUCACUGGUAAGAUCCGAGUCAAGGUUCACGGCAACGACACUCGCUACGUCUUCCUCACAGCAGACAUGACGAUGCGCGAGUUCUCGCAAUCCAUCAGAGAGAAGUUCGGAAUGAGACAGAACUUCAAGGUGGAGAUCAAGGAUGAUGGCGACAUGAUCACUAUGGCCGACCAAGACGACUUAGAUAUGGCCAUCGACACGGCCAAGGAGAACGCCAGGAGGACUGGCGAGUCCCCAAAGAUGGAGGUCUGGGUUCGCGAAGUAUAGAUCAGAGAUACCCCAGCAUAAUGCAACGCACUAUCAUGACAUGAUUUGCGUCCUUAUAGGGACGCCACACAUUUGGACUUCGAUUACCCCUCUUGUACUGGUGACGGCUUGUAGUAGCGAUGCAUAGCAUAUUUUUUCGCCCAAACUGUCGACUCCGCUGUAAUAUUGCGAGCGCUUUGCUUGUCCAUUAUCAUUAUCACUCUUUCGCAGCAGGACUGUUGAUGAUUGGCUCGAAGCACAUAAUUCACAUACCACUCUAUAUUGUUCUUCUCAUGACCUGCAAGCGAUCCAUACUCAUUCGUUGAC